AUGGUUUAUUAUGAACUCCUUUUUCUGAGACAAUCAGGUCAAAUUUGAUGUCAAAACAUGGAAAAUAUGUGAAAUAAAAUUUUUGUGCAUAAUAUUCAACAUCAUGGAUUCGCUAACACGGAGAAUCAAAUCCUCAAACAUCCCGUCUCCGGUGAAACGCGAACUGAGAAAGCAAAAGAAAUCCCUAAGCAAUGGCGAGGUACAGAUGAAGACUAUCAAGAAACGAGGAGUGUAUGUGGAGAAGAAACCUAACAAAAUCCCUGCAGAAGGCAAGCCUAGAAAACCUACAAAACAAUUCGAUGAAGCAGCUGAUAUUGAGACAAUUUUACGAAACCUAUCACAGUCCCAGGGUUCUUCCAUGUGCGACAAGGAUCCCUCAACCGAUUCUCUACCUGAUGAAGGAUAUCAAAGAAGACCAACAAGAAAACGAAGCUUUGACAAUGACGUAAUAGACGCUCGUGGCAUAUUCACAGAAGAAAUUAAAACGAAAGGCACAAUCGUGGAGAAACAAAUAAAUUCAGAAGUUAAAUACAUUAUGGAGAGCCAAGAUAGAUCCUUUGUAGAAGAUUUGGAAUCUACUGAACCGUUGAAUGCACGAACACCAUCAAUAUAUUCAGAAGCUACUUAUCUAUCCAAAUAUGGUAAUAAUGAAAGUACCAGCGAUGAGGGUAAAGAAUCCAUGAAAGCUGUUAUAGAACAGACAAUUUACAAUAACAUCGCUGAUAGACUUACUGAUGCAGUUUUCGAUCGUCAGCUAAUCGCUACAAAAAGAAAAAAAGAAAAUGGUAAAAAAACUGAAUUACACCAACCAGUAACCUUGGUCGGUGCCUGCGAAAACACCGACAGUCUUUACAACUUAUUUCUAGAUCUGCUUAAAAAUACCAUUAGCGUUUAUAAAAUAGCUACCGAUUACGCACACAAUGGGCAAAACGAGUCUAACACUGCUAUCAAGGAAAAAAAACCCAAAAAGGUGAACGCUAAAAAGAAAUCUUCAUUUGAACGCAAAAACGCUAAAGGCACCACUAAAACAACUAACAAGACUAAAAAUACAAAUACAAGUUCAAAAAUAUGUGAAAAGCCUCUAUUACCUCCAGUUGGAAAAGUCUCAAAAUCAACCUCGCCUGCCACAUCUUCGUUAUCAUCGAAAAAGAGUAAAAUAAAUAAAAUAAACAAACCGAGAAAUAAUGUCCGCUUCCCGCAUCUCACUUACAAUACUUACCCUGUUAUUAACAUGGCUGAAGAACCAACGGUAAAGCAAGAGAUCCAAGGUAUCCAGAAACAAACAAAAAUGAUCAGCCGAGGUGAUAAUAAGGAGGUUAAGCCCAAAAAUAAAAAGUCUUUAUUGCACACUUUGAAAACUCAGCUGCAGCAAGAUUUGUUAAAGGAGCCACAGAAUUUGUUUGAAGCCCUACUGUUGAUGGCAGAGAACAAGCGAAAAAGUACUUAUACUUAACACUGAUAAUGAUGAAACAUGACAGCCGUUACUCUUGAAAAAUCUUUGGAUAAGUAGGUUGCAAACCAAGUUAGAGGUUCCAGAAUGUCCGGUAGUAAUAAGAUAAAGAUAUCCAAGAAGCUCAUCAAAAUCUAGGCAAUAGGUAGUAUAUAUAGUUAGGUACUACCUACAGUCCUGACAAUAAAUAGUGCGAUUUUGCUAAGA